AAUACACUUUCCCGCCGCUUUCAGAUUUCAAAAAAUCAAGACAUAGUUUCUACUUCUCUUUCCGUUCUCACAGAGAAAGAACUGAGACAUCCAUGGCCGUCGUUUCGAGGAAUCCGGAGGACAUGUCCAAACCUUCCUUCUCCGCUGCUGAUGAUCCUCUCCUACCUUGGCUGCGAUCCAUUCACAAGGCACUGCUAAGUCAAGAUUCAAGCCAGCUGAACAAUUCCACUGACUUCGACUUGCUCGUAUCAAAUUGUAUUAACAACUUCAAGUCCGAUCCGCGGUACCGAGACGACGUCAGAUAUCUGAAGAUUUGGUUCCUCUAUAUGGAUGGUAGUUCCGAUUAUGAAAGGAUUUUCAGAGAAAUGGAGGAGCGCAGAAUUUGUAUACACAAAGCUCUGCUUUAUGAAUCAUUUGCCUUGUUUUUGGAAGCAAAAGGCAGGUUGAUUGAUGCUUGUAUGAUUUAUCACCUUGGCAUCUCAAGAAAUGCUGAGCCACUGGGGAGACUGAAGAAAGCACAGGUGCUUUUUCUUGAGAGAAUGUCCGAAACAGUAAUUAAUGAAUCAUUUCAAAAGAUAAAGAAUGGCGUUUCUGCAGAGAGUGGUGAAAAAUUUGUUAACCCGUGGUCUGUUGCAACCCUCAAAAACUUACUGCAGAAGAUGAAUUCUCAAGUUGUACAUUAUGAGGGAUACCAUCCAAGUAACAGAGCGUAUCCUGGAAAGGUCGCAUUAUCCUCCUUGCUGAAAUCAGCUAGGAAUAAAACCAUUGAUAUAGGUGGAGAGAAGUAUCAGAUCAAAGGCUGUGCAGGUCAGGGUGGAUUUGCUCAAGUGUUCAAAGCAUAUGUGAACAGCAAUCCUGAUGAUGUUGUUGCCCUUAAGAUACAGAAGCCACCCUUUCCUUGGGAAUUUUACAUGUACCGUCAACUUGACAUGCGGAUUCCAGAAAAGGAAAGGAAGAGUUUUGGUUUUGCUCACAGAUUGCAUCUCUAUUCGGACUACAGUGUGCUGGUCUCCGAUUAUUUAGCUCAUGGAACACUUCAGGAUGCCAUAAAUUCUAAUGUGGUCAUCGGUGGGUCCAUGGAAGAAGUACUAUGUAUUUAUUACACCAUAGAGAUGCUUCAAAUUCUUGAAACUCUGCAUGAAGCUGCAAUUAUCCAUGGUGAUUUCAAACCUGAUAAUUUGCUGAUUCGGUAUUCCAGGGAUGAUCCAACAGAAAAUGAAAAAGAAAUCCGCCAGCGAACAGGACCUUGGCGUGAUCAGGGGCUAUGCCUUGUCGACUGGGGAAGAGGAAUAGAUCUGAGUCUCUUUCCCAGAAACACCAAAUUCAUGGGAGACUGUCGAACUUCUGGCUUUCGUUGUAUCGAGAUGCAAGAAAAUAAGCCUUGGACAUUUCAGGUGGACAUGUAUGGGCUGUGUGUUAUAGUUCAUAUGAUGCUUCAUAAUUCCUACAUGGAGAUUGAAAAAAGAGCAUCUCCUGACGGAACCUACAUUUACCAGCCCAAAUCACAUUACAAGCGAUAUUGGAAUGUUGAUCUUUGGAAAACUUUGUUCGCAAAGUUACUUAACGUUGAUCCGGGUGAAGAUCACAAGAAGUUGUUGCAGUCUCUGAGGGAAUCGUUCCAGGGGUACAUGUGCUCUGAUCCAAAGCUGAUCAAAAAGCUGAAGCAAUUAUUGGUGAAACAAAAAACAUCCUUAUGUUCAGCUUAGUCCAUCAGUAUCGUUUAGAAUGACUGUGUACAGGCUAUGAUGGGAGAGCCACAUUGGAAUGUUUUAUAGGACUUGGUGUUGCAAGAAAAGUUGAGGAAAGUGGGCAUGCAGCUGAAACCAUAAGCUGCUGAGCAAACAUGUAUCAGAAAACUAAGACCAAUUAUCUUGGAAUGGGGUUUGGUUUAAAGUAUUUGAAAGUAUAGAAGUUUAAAUCCUCAAUAACAAGAUCUCACGAGCAGUUCACGCACACACUACUUCAACAAAUAAAAAAUAUUAAUAUACAUUUAUUAAGGGUGUGAAGGGUUUAGACCCAUGGAUUCAAUCCAACUCAAUUAGUUUUGGUUGGAUUGGAUUAGUUA